AUCUUUGGCCUGCGCCAGGAACCUCUCACUGCCCUACUUGCAUCCGACUGUGAUUGCGAUCUCAUUUCUCUUUCAUUCGAAUCUCCUUUCCACCUUUGAUCUCCGCGACCGAUGCGGUAGGUCUGUCGAACAACCUUUCUCAAUUCUUGACUUGGAUAGUCCUGGCGAUCGAUCGUCCUCAUCCCAUCAUGGCUACCAACGCGUCGGUCGUCUUUGACCUCCCCCCUCUUCCGACCUAUACCUUGACUCCCCGCCCACCGGUUCUUGCUCCGAUCCCAGACAAUAUCCUCGCUUUGAUCUUACCCAUCGUUGCUUACUGGGCCUUGUCCAUGGUAUAUCACUUUAUCGAUGUCAACGAUUACUUCCCUCAAUACCGCCUACACACCCCCGCUGAGGUGCUGAAACGAAACCGAGUCACGCGCUGGGAAGUAGUGAGAGAUGUUCUGCUCCAGCAAGUAGUCCAGACAAUCGCGGGCAUGGCAGUGAGCUAUUUGGAUGAGCCCGAAUGUCUGGGUAAAGAAGCAUAUGAUGUGGCAGUUUGGGCUCGCCGUCUUCGCCUCAUGCAAAGGGGCCUGCCUCACCUGCUGGCUCUCUUUGGUAUUGAUGCUAUGGGUUUGGGGAAGAAUUUGUCGCAUAAGGGCUGGGGAAUGCUUGGAGGCGCCAUUGCAGGCGGGCAUUACCCACAAUUUACCCAGUCCCUUAUUCUGGAGAGUGGCGCAGAAGCGGUGGUCCCUGCUUUCACCAGCUGGGAACUUUCUACGGCUGGUUUCAUCUACUGGUUCUUCGUCCCCGCGUUGCAGUUCAUCUGGGGCGUUUGCGUCGUCGAUACCUGGCAGUACUUCCUUCACCGCGCGAUGCAUUUAAAUCGGUGGCUCUAUGUGACCUUCCACUCCCGCCACCAUCGCUUAUACGUUCCCUAUGCUUUCGGCGCUCUCUACAACCAUCCCGUUGAAGGAUUCCUUCUCGAUACUGCUGGCACUGGCGUCGCAUUCUUGACAGCCCGGAUGUCGACUCGCCAGAGCAUGUGGUUCUUCACCUUUUCCACCAUCAAAACGGUUGACGAUCACUGCGGCUAUGCUUUCCCCUGGGAUCCGCUGCAGCAUUUCACAUCCAACAAUGCCGCUUACCAUGACAUUCACCACCAAAGCUGGGGAAUCAAGACGAACUUUUCGCAGCCUUUCUUCACAAUCUGGGAUCGUUGGUUCGGUACUCAGUGGAAGGGCGAUGUGAAGUUACGUUACGAACGUUCUCGUGAAUCUGCUCAGAAGCAGCUUGACAACGAUGCUAGCUCCGCCACCAAUUCGGGUGCUGAUACUCCGGCAUCCGGAAGUGUCACUCCUGCAGCUGUUCCCCAAGAAGGACCGGCAGAGUCCACUCGCUCUCGCCGCAGAAAGACCGUCACGCUUUCCCCUCAUGUCGAUGGUUUUCGAAGCGUAAACCACCCCGUCGCCAGCAGCGUCCUAUAGUCAAUUCUUUUUGCCUUCAUAAUUCGUUGUAAUAAUUCUUUCACCUUUUGUCUUCGCCGCCCAGCGGGGGUCUUUGGAGUUGCGGGACGCCUCCUACUUCCUACUUCGCUGUCUGUUCACUGCAUUAUUCUUUACGCUGUAUUAAUAGCCAGGUUGAUGAGAGCCUGCUACGGACCUGUACAAUGUCUUUUCACCCACCUACCUACUGUUCGGGUUAUCUA